GAACAGGGCACUUUUUGCACAGCACGUAGGAAAUACAAGUGGCAGCAUCAAUCCAAGGCCCCAAGCCUUGGUCAGCAUCGACCGUCCUGCACGGAGACGUGCACUCCGAGCCCUGCCCACGCAGGUCUAACACGUAACUGCUGGCAGAACCAGACCUUUUGGUACUGCUAAUGUGACUCUUCUAAUCUGUAGUUCAGGGAAAACAACCCGAUUCAGUUCCUCUCAUUAGUGAAAUACACAACGUAUUUGAGAAUAAGCCUUAUAACUGUACAGUGAGCACUAAAAAUCUAACCAUCACCAUCAGUAAUGCCUCCGGUGUAGAUGGACAUGGCAUGGCCAACAAGCUCCUCACUCAACGCGGACACUGAAGUCCACAGAGAGGUGACAGCGUGCAAGGCAAGGCAGAAAUUUCACCACACAUGUGAACGUUUUUCCUCGCCCUCUACCUUUGCCCCUGCUAUCACUCUGCAUUCCCGUCGGAAGUGGUCAGACGUUCUCCACCACGAUGUUCAGCCUCAGGGUAUUCCUACAAAAAAUCCUGAUUCUUCUGCAUGUUACUAUGUGUGUUGUUGUUGGCAAAACAAUGAUGAUACUGUUCCCCAAUGCCAUGAAAAGAUACAUCCUAAAACAGGGCGAAAAGAGCAGAAUGAAUAAGAAUCCAAAGUUCAGCUACGAAAACUGGGGUCCGACUUUUUUCAGCUUCAAGUAUUUGCUCUUCGUGCUGAAGGUGAAGUGGAAAAGGCUGGAGGAUGAAGCCUUUGAGGGACAUCCCGCUCCCAACACGCCGGUGGUGACUUUCAACGGGGAAGUUCGUCACCUCUUUGAUUUCAUACAAGAUAAUCGACCUUUAAUCCUGAAUUUUGGAAGUUGCACCUGACCUUCCUUUAUGUUAAAAUUUGAUGAGUUCAACCAGCUCAUCAAAGAUUUCAGCUCUGUAGCAGAUUUCCUUAUCAUCUACAUCGAAGAAGCUCAUGCAGAAGAUGGAUGGGCUUUUAAAAACAAUAUUGUUAUUAAAAAUCACAGAAGCCUUGAAGAUCGAAAAAUUGCAUCACAAUUUCUUCAGAAAAAUAAUCCUUUAUGCCCAGUGGUUUUAGACACUAUGGAAAACCUGAGCAGUUCAAAAUAUGCUGCAUUGCCAGAACGACUGUAUCUACUUCAAGGAGGGAAGGUUACCUACAAGGGAGGAGUGGGGCCUUGGAAUUAUCACCCUCAGGAAAUACGUGCCAUCCUGGAAAAACUGAAGUAGAAAAAGGAAAAGGACUUCAGAGUAAAGACAACUGAAUAAAAAACCUCAAUGACUAAGAAGAAAAAAAAGAACUUAACAACAGAGGCCACAAGGAAAAUAAUACUCCAUGUGCAUCUAAAGAGCAUCUAUAAUGUGGUUCAUUGUGUUUGUCUAGAGGUUUUCAAGUCUCAUCGCUACAACCCCAGCUACUGCACUGUAGCGUCUUACUACGCUUCUACCACAUGCAGUAAUGAACAGUAGCUGAGUCUGCUGAGCUGUCAGGACACCAGCGAGUACCUCUGUAAGGAAUAUUGUGCAAGAUAAACUUCAGGGGUGGUGACAUUUGCAGAAGUCGACUGGCAUGCAAACCAACCAAUUUCAUGUUAAGAUUCUCUCGUAUACAUAAAAUUUUCCUAAAUGUUCACUUUCACCGACUUCAGAAGGCUUCUGAGUAAGACAAUCUCUAGUAACAUUUGUUUCUAGUAAUAUUUUUAUGACAGUCAUAGCAUAAAGCACAAGCGGCUGUGACCUGAAUGUGGAAAAUAUUUACAGAAACAAGGGAUUGAUCUGCAAUUAUUAAAACUCUAUCAGAGCACUUCAUUUGGCUUCAGAUUAUUUCCCUCCCUGCCCUGCCCCUCUCCCCCCACGGUGUAUCUAAGCAUCAGUAGAUGUUUAUGUUCAUCCUAAUCUUGAACAGUUUGAGUUGAUAAGGAAGUUACCAAUUUAAGGAUUUGUUUGACAGGAGGAAGUAAUACCUCCCAUUUAAGUAUUUCACACUUUUUUUUUUUCUAUUUAACUCAGAGUGCAAGGGAAACAUUUUACAGGAAAUCGAUUCAUAUAUUGAGAAAGCCUGAUAUAAAUAUACUAAUUGAAAUGGACUCAAUUAUGUUCAAGUGUUCUAGGCUAACAGUCUAGGUUAUAAAACUAGAAAGCUGUUACUAUGACUAACAGGAGCACUGCAUUGCAUACACUGAACUGGCAGGGAAUACAUACUACAUCCGUACCUUCAAAAAACUCUUCAAUAUCAAGUUUUAAUAAUAAAUAUUCUCUGCACUACAGAUAGCAAAAUGUAACUUCUUUAUUAAAAAAAAAAAAAAAGAGGUAAAAAUUUAAGCUGGAUUUAAGUGUUUUCUGCUGUGCCCUCUGCCAUCACCCGGUGCACUG